AUGCAUCCGUACUCUCUGCACAUACAUGAACGGCCUCUGACGCUCGUGAAGUUCAACUACGAUGGCGACUUCUUCCUCACCUGCGGCAAAGAUGGCGAAGUGAAUUUGAUACGAACCGAGACUUGUGAGCGAGUGGGGACGUACAAUCCUCCGGGUGAGAAGGCUGGCGCAGUUUUCGCGGUGGAUGUGACGAUGGACAGCACAUAUGUGGUCACGGCCAACGCAGACGGAAAGCUGUGCUUCUAUACCUUCCAGGGCGAAUAUGUCUCUGCGAUCAACCAUGGCGGCGUCCUGAAGUACGUCGAAUGGAAUCUGAAGCCCGGUGACCAAAACAUGGUGUGCACCUGCAAUGACAAGUUCAAGAGCGCAGCAGAAGGCCUCGUGCCCAACAGGAUCAUGAUUUGGUCAUUCGACCCUCCACGGCGAAUACUGUCAAUCGAUGACCAGCUCCCCAUGAAGGCCACCAAGGUGAAGUGGGGAGCCUUCGAUGAGACGCUAGUCUCCAUUUUCGAGGAGGGCACCGUCAUCGUCUGGGACUCUUCAGAUGGAAGGCAGCUGCAGCUCAUUCAGGCGCACCAGAUGGCCAUCACCAGCAUGAACUUCACUGAAGACAGGAUGAUCAUGGCGACCUGCUCCAAGGACGCUACAGCAAAGCUCUGGACGAUGGAUGAUUACGAAUGCAUCAAAGAGUACAAAACAGACAGACCAUUGAACGAUGUCGCCAUUUCGCCUUUGUACUGCUCCGAGAAUAACUGCAAGAUGCACUUGCUGAUGGGCGGCGGGCUUGAUGCCAAGGAUGUCGCAGUCUCCGGAGCCAGCGGCGCUUUCGAGGCGUUGUUGUGGCACAUGGUCUACGAGGAGGAGAUCGGAUCUGUGAAAGGACACAUAGGUCCACUGAAUACCAUGGCAUGGUUCCGAGACGGCGCUGGUUUCGUGACUGGCGGUGAGGCCAGCUUGACCGCAAAGCAUUUGCAAGAGGAGGGCUUGCAGGUGGAGCUGGACGUGCCUAAGGCAGUCCUCACCGACAUGGACGGGUCGUUGGAACUGAAGAAUGCAUCCUCCAUGGCUCAAGCCAAGAUGCAAGAGGUGGAGGUCAAGAUACCUUGCAAGCUUGGCUACGAACUUUUCGUGCCGCGUGGGUGCGUCCUUCGCAAUACAUUGUAUGUCAUCUCCAUAGCUGCGUUCUGUGGGCCGCACACAAAGACAAGGAUGAAUGCCGCGCAAGCAGUGGGCAAGGUGUCCAAUAUGCAAGUCUACCUGAACCGUGGGGUCCAGGGCCUCGUACUUGCACUGGCUCUUUGGUGUACCUACUGCACCGUUGCAGGGGAGCUGCAGGGCGUCAGCGAGAAGCAUUGGGUCCUGCGCUUCCUCUUCUACUGGAUUAUCCUGUACCAGAUCAUUCCCGUCAGCCUUUAUGUAUGCUUUGAGAUUAUCAAGCUGGCUCUGGCGUUCCAGAUUAACAAGGAUCCGAGCAUGGUGGACCUCAGGACCCAACAACAUGCAUCUGCGAGAACAGCUGAUUUGGUCGAAGAGAUGGGCCAGGUGAACUUUGUGUUUUCCGAUAAGACGGGCACUCUCACGGAGAACGAGAUGGUUUUUGCGCACUGUUGCGUGGGCGGCAGGGAUCUAGGAGACUUCCGCAAAGGUGGAAAGCUUGACAUACAGGAGGAGGCUGUUGGUGUAGCUGAAGCGAAGCGAGUUCUUGCCGAUCCUGCCGACCCAUUGCACGCCGAGGCGCUGUGGUUCUUCCUUAACCUUGCGACGAACCACUCUGUGCAGGUUGAGACAGCCUCAAAUGGGAAGAAGAUAUUUGAAGGCAGCUCCGCUGAUGAGGUCGCAUUUGUGGAUGCUGCGAACGCGGUUGGCGUUUCAUUCGCCUCUCGUACACGGGUAGCUGGAACCAGCAACACGGAAGUCGUCGUGAAAGGACCUGGACCUCAGGAGUUCACCUUCACAACUGUUUGCGAGAUUCCUUUCUCUUCGGAUCGCAAGCGAAUGAGUGUGAUUGUGAAGCACAUCGGUGAAUACUGGUGUUUGUGCAAGGGGGCCGACAACAUCAUGGGGCCCCUGUGCUCUCGCCCACUGGAUGGCGCGCUUGGUGAGAGCCUGACCCAGUACUCAAAAUUGGGCCUGCGAACUCUUGUUAUCGCCGCAAAGAAGAUGGACCUCAGCUUCACCGAAGACUGGCUUAGCCGCUGGAAAGAUGCAAGCCUCGAGUCUGAGGACCGUGAGAAGAAGAUGGCUGAGAUUGCUGCCGAGGUGGAGCACUCGCUGGAGCCAGCUGGAAUCACGGCUAUCGAGGACAAGCUGCAAGAUGGCGUGCCUGAGGCCAUCGUCUCCAUCAAGGCCGCAUCGAUCCGCUUUUGGGUUCUGACGGGUGACAAGACGGAAACAGCAGUGGAAAUAGCGAAGUCCUGUCGCCUCUUCACCCCGAGCAUGACUUUGGCCUACUUGGUGAACUGCAGCAGUGAGCAGCAGGCGAUGAGCUUGCUUGAGGAAGCCAAGACCAAGCUGCGAGAUGUGACGGACGGAGGGCUCGUCAUCGACGGUACGUUUGUUCAACAGGUCCUGAGCUCUGCGAGCGGCCGUCCAACGCUGUAUGAGCUUGCAAUGUCCAGCACUUGCUGUGUGUGCUGUCGCCUGUCUCCACAGCAGAAGCGCCGACUGGUGGAGCUGGUGAAAGACAUGAACAAGACCGGAAUCACUUUGGCAGUUGGUGACGGCGCCAACGAUGUGCCGAUGAUUCAGGGCGCCCACGUCGGCAUAGGUAUCCGUGGCAAAGAAGGCAACCAGGCUGUGCAGGCCAGUGAUGUUGCAAUUUCACAAUUUCGCUUUCUGGUCCCACUGCUUUACUGUCACGGAAGACGGGCAUACCGCCGUGUGGCUACGUUCAUAUGCUAUAUGUUCUACAAGCACACCACUUUAGCUGUGGGCGACAUCUUCUACGCACAUCAGAUUGGGUUUGUGCCACAGAUUGCCUACGCCGAGUGGCUGAACUCCGCGUUUGCAUCCAUCAUUUGUGGCUUGCCGGUGCUCGUGGUGGUGAGUUGGGAUACUGACAUACCCGAUGAGGUGUCCGUCGCAUCACCGCACUUGUACGUCGAAGGGCUACAGCGCAUGCGCUUCAAUGCGCCCUUGCUCGUGGCGUGGGUGUUAAGUGCCUUCUACCACGGCGGGGUAUCCUGGCUCGUUCCAAACCUGACUGUUGGCUCUGUGGACGUGGAGGAUGGGGACGAAUUCUGGUAUUCCUCCUGCAUCUCUUUUUGCCUUGUUGUGAUUUUCGUCAACCUUCGCUUGUGGAUGAUUGCCGAAAGUCCGCUUUCGAAAGAAACAGUUGGAAUCAUCUUCUUUUCCUUCCUGUCUUUGGCAGUCACGCUGGCGGUUCUGGCUGAAACACCUCUGGGCACGGACAUGAUGCAGCCACAAAUAGCAGGUGCCAUGAGCGCAAUGUUCACGGAAGCACGCUACGCGGCGGUUCUGUUCCUCACGCCGUUCCUUCUGCUCGUGGACCUGGCUGUGUACCAAGCAAUCUCCUACUUUCAUCCGUAUCCAUUGACGGCUGCCAAGAGGAAGCUAUGGUGGAGCAAGCGACAGAAGAAGGACGUGCCUGACAGAAGCUAG